AUGUACACAAAGCGAUACUUGGGCCUCCUGGCUCUGGCUCUCAGCCUCCCUCUGGCUGCGCUCGCCGCUCCCACUCACCAGCCUUUCGUGCCUGGCUCCAGCGCAAACGCAUACUCGCCCUCCACCGAGUUCGCCCCCCUCACCGCCAACCCUGACCUCGAGACCAUCCCUGGCUCGUACAUGAUCGUCCUCAAGGACGGCAUCAACUCCAACGAUUUCUUCGCCCACCAGAGCCUCAUCUCAUCCGCACAGCUCUCCGCAAACAGCUUCCACGGUGAGGAUGCUCAGGGUAUCCGCCACGUCUACGAUCUCGAGGGUCACCUCCAGGGUUACGCCGGCAAAUUCACCGAUGAUGUCCUCGACUACAUCCGCGCUCAGCCCGAGGUCGAGUACGUCGAGAUGGACACCCUCGUCUCCGUCGAGGUCAUGCCCCAGACCGAGGACAAGGUCUGGGAUGUAGAGUACGACGCCAACCUCGAGGAUGCUACCCUCGCUGCCAUGAACGUUGGCAAGCUUGACGCCAAGGACACACAGAAGGGCGCCCCCUGGGGUCUUGCUCGUGUCUCGCACCGCAAGCGUCUCGGCCUCAGCACCUUCAACAAGUACGUCUACCAGGGCGACGGCGGUGAGGGUGUCACCGCCUACGUCAUUGACACUGGUAUCAACAUCAACCACGUCGAGUUCGAGGGUCGCGCUCGCUGGGGUAAGACCAUGCCCCAGAAUGACGUUGACCAGGACGGCAACGGUCACGGCACCCACUGCGCCGGUACCAUUGGCUCGCGCAAGUACGGUGUUGCCAAGAAGGCUGAGCUCGUCGCCGUAAAGGUGCUCGGCUCCGGUGGCUCUGGUUCCAUGUCCGACGUCACUGGUGGUGUCCUCUGGGCUGUCGAGGACGCCAAGAGGCUCACCGCUCAGUACCGCGCAAACCCGCAGUCGGCUGCUGCCAAGAAGCACAAGGGCUUCGUCGCCAACAUGUCGCUCGGCGGUGGCAAGUCGCCCACCCUCGACAAGGCCGUCAACGGUGCCGUCACCAGCGGCAUGCACUUCGGUGUUGCUGCCGGUAACGAGAACCAGGACGCCUGCAACGUCUCGCCCGCUGGCGCUACCAACCCUGUCACGGUCGGCGCCUCCACUGUUCAGGAUGAGCGUGCCUACUUCUCCAACAAGGGCAAGUGCGUCGACAUCUUUGCUCCUGGUCUCAACAUCCUCUCCACCUGGAACACCGGUAACACCUCGGUCAACACCAUCUCGGGUACCUCGAUGGCCAGCCCUCACAUUGUUGGUCUCCUUGCCUACCUCCUCUCCAUCUACGGCACCGACGACUUCAAGCUGCUCACCGGUGGCUCCAAGCAGCGCUCCAUCGCUGAGGUCGAGGACUCCCUUGCUGCCAAGCUCUCGGGUGUCAUGCCCAUCCCUGCCAUGGCUCUUGACCUCGUCUCCAGCGUUGCCGGCUACUUCACCGAGGACGCCGCUAAGCCCGACAUUGACAGUGUGCUCUCCACCACCGAGAUGAAGAAGGCCCUCAUCAAGCUCGCCUCGCCCGGCGUCUUGACCGGUCUCGACUCGGACACUGUCAACAAGCUCGCCUUCAACAACGCUACCACCACGGCCUAA